AUGAAUCGUUUAACAAAAAUUCAAAUUCUAAACAACAUAAAUGAAAGAGAAUUAAAGCUUGGAAUAUCAGGGGAUUUAGGAAAAUCUUGGCAUCAAAAAUACAAAAAUUCAGCAUGGAUUUAUGUUGGAAAUCUUCCUUAUGAUUUAAACGAAGGGGAUAUUCUUUCAGUUUUUUCACAAUAUGGAGAAAUUGUUAAUGUAAAUUUGGUUAGAGACUGGAAAAGUGGGAAAAGUAAAGGAUUUUGCUUCGUUUGCUAUCAAGAUCAACGUUCGACUGUGUUGGCUGUAGACAAUUUUAAUGGAAUUAAAUUGCUGGGAAGAGUUAUUCAAGUUGACCAUAUGGAGGAGUAUAAAGUGCCGAAAUUUAGAGAAAAUGUGCCAGAAGAGAUACGAAAAAUUUGGGAAGAGGGAUGUGCUCCUAAACCUAUUAAUGUGCCGAUAGAAGAAAUUGAAGCUGAAGUAAAGCGUGAAAAGAAGGAACACAAAAAGAAAUUGAAAAAAAUGGAUGAAUUAAUUAAAUUAAGUAAAGAAGAAAUUAGUAAAGAUUUGAAAAAAGCAAGAAAAUUGCAAAAGAAGGAAGCUAAAGAAUUGAAAAAAAUGAUGGAAAGGGAAAAAAGAAGACGUGAAUUAACACCUGAUGAGGAACGUGGACAUGCUGAUGAUGAAGGGAGAUGGGAUUUGCAUAAAAAGAAUUUGGAAAUUGAACAGGAUAUGCUUGAUGAUUCCAAAUUCUACGGACAAAACGAUCAUUUCAACUUUGGCAAAAAAAGAAAAGAGGACAAAGAACAACCAAAAUACAAUAUUCGCCCAGACUUCGACAAGGCAGAUUGGCGUGAUAUUGAAAUAUUUAAACAUGCAAGAGAAUAUGAACGUGCAACAAAAGGGGAAAAAGAAGUACAUUGGAAGGCAGAAGAACAUUAUGUUCCAAAUCGUAUUUUACCUAAAAAAUAAAUU